AUGGAUCCACACAAUACCCGCGUCCGCAUCACUUCCCUCCUGUCGUCCAUCGCGGACUCAGCAAAGGAGCAUGCGGAAAGCAAGGAUGACGACAAGGCAACCUGCCGCCCACACAACAAGGACGACUUUGCUGCGCGCGUCGACACGUUCAAGGUCACCACGUGGUUCAACAAACCAAGCGAGCUAUCGUCGCUCCAGUGCGCCCGCUUCGGCUGGACCAACAGCAAGGAGGACACCCUCACAUGUGUUACCUGUCGUUCCAUCCUCAACUGCCGCAUCGACAACAGCCUCUCCGCCACUUCAGUGCAAUCGUUGGUGGCCAAGUUUGCCGACAAUCUCAAGACGGGUCACAAGACGUGGUGCCCGUGGCGCACCAACUACUGCCGCGUGGAAAUGGCACACCCCCCAGUCGAGGACAAGCCGACAGAACAGCACUUGAUCAACGACAGGCUGCGUUCACUGGUGCGUUUGCACAAUUUGCCGCCAACCCGCAUCCAUCAAUCCGUGUUCAACGACCUCAAGCGCUUGCACACCGCCCUCAAUCUGGGUGACGCGUUCGCACCAGUUGACGGCGCUGCCGCCAUGAAGGUGGCCCACCUCCUCCUCGCUCUCACGGGAUGGAGCAGCGACCAGCAGCCAAACAGAAUGGUGCGGACGCUCAAGUGCGGCCUGUGCCAGCGCGCGUGCGCCGUGUGGAACUUCGACCACGUCGUCGAUGGCGGUGUCUUUCCAACCAAUUGCCAUGGUGACGGCGGUGGUGGUGGUGGUGGUGGUGGUGGUGGUGAUGGUGAUGCGUCUGGCGAUGGUGAUGACGCAGCGGUGGAGGCAGUGGCAGCAACAAGCACAGCAACCACCACAACAGCAGAUGGGAGCGGUGGCGGUGCGCUGGUGGUGUAUGAGGGCGGGUUUGAGGACGACACAGCCGCAGCACAAGGCAGGGUCACAGCGGCAGCAAAGCAGUUUGCCAACCGGUGGGCUGUGCCCGCAGUGACGCCGCACCAUGCAGCAACGGUGCCUGCAAGCACAGAGAAGCAACAGAAGUGCGAGAAGCAACAGGAGCGUGAGAAGCAACAGGAACACCAGCAGUUGCAGGGUGAGUCUGGGCUGAGGUACGGCAGGAAGGCGAUGCAGACGAGUUCAAGCAUCCUGGAGGCGCGACGGCGCGCGGCCAUGGGGCUGGACACGGCAGGACCAAGGUUUGGAGCGGCCACGAGCAGCGUGGGCCAGUUUCUGUUUGGUCUCAACUUCAAGUUCAACCCGAACGCAGCCCAUGUGGCCAAAGCAGAGACGGCCAAGCGGUCACAGGCGGAUGCCCGCACCGCCGCUAACAGCAGCAGUAGUACAACAACCAGUAUGGAGGGCGACGCAGUAGAGCCUGCGGCGAAGAAGGCCAAGCAACCACACCUGUCCCAGCAGCAGCAGCAGGUACGACAGCGGUCGGUUGGAGGGAAGGCACUUCACUGGGGUGACUUCAACCCCGUCACGAGCCAUCGCCCCUGCUGUGUGUGGGCCAACCCCGAGCGUGCUGCUCAAGUGCUCAGCGUGCUGUUGAACAGCGACAAGAACGCCAGCACCACCACCAGCCGCAUGGGCAGCGCCACCACAACGCCGCUGAAACAGCCGCACGCUUCAUUUGCGCAAAGCCCAGCCGCCACACCAUCGCCCGCACAGCAGGCAGCCACAACGCCGCGUGAGCACCAGCCACAGCAAGACCGCCAGCAGCGCCAACAGCAAGCGGAGGAGGGCGAGCAUACACGUGAUGAGAGCGCCGACGAAGACCACCACCACCACCAGCAGCAGCAGCAGCAGCAGCAAACCCGCUUGGAGAAGGCAAAGGCGGCAGUGGAGGCAACGCAACAGAGAAGGAAACCGGCGACCAUGACGGCAGACGCGUGGAUUUGGAUUAUUGCAGUGAUUGUUAUUGUGUUCCUGCUCUUCUUGAUGGUCUUCAACUUGCUGGCGUUUGACGAACUUCGCAAUGACCACAAGAACCCCGUCGACGUGUCGGCAUCCAUCAACCCGUGGGUGCUUCCCGAGUAUGCAGCGCACACUGCACUGACGGUGGUGUUCCUCUUCACCGGCAAAUGGGUGUGCUUCGGCAUGAACGCCAUAUUGGUCGCCUACCAUGCUCACAGGUGUGUUUGA